AUGCUUUAUGCACUAGCACAGAAACCUUUUGUCCCGAAGAAGUAUUUCUCGAUUGAUCGUGUGUUCAGAAACGAGGCUGUUGAUCGGACCCAUCUAGCAGAGUUCCAUCAAAUGGAAGGUUUAAUAUGUGACCGGGGACUUACAUUGGGAGACCUGAUUGGUGUACUAAAAGACUUCUUCGCACGCUUAGGUAUGCCAAAGCUGCUGUUCAAGCCAGCUUACAACCCUUACACUGAGCCAAGUAUGGAGAUCUUCAGUUACCAUGAAAAGUUAGGGAAGUGGGUGGAGAUUGGAAAUUCUGGAAUGUUCAGACCCGAAAUGCUCCGACCGAUGGGUCUACCUGAAGAUGUCCAAGUCAUAGCUUGGGGUCUUGGGCUUGAAAGGCCAACAAUGAUAUUAUAUGGUAUCGACAACAUACGAGAUUUGUUCGGACACAAGAAACCUUUUGUCCCGAAGAAGUAUUUCUCGAUUGAUCGUGUGUUCAGAAACGAGGCUGUUGAUCGGACCCAUCUAGCAGAGUUCCAUCAAAUGGAAGGUUUAAUAUGUGACCGGGGACUUACAUUGGGAGACCUGAUUGGUGUACUAAAAGACUUCUUCGCACGCUUAGGUAUGCCAAAGCUGCUGUUCAAGCCAGCUUACAACCCUUACACUGAGCCAAGUAUGGAGAUCUUCAGUUACCAUGAAAAGUUAGGGAAGUGGGUGGAGAUUGGAAAUUCUGGAAUGUUCAGACCCGAAAUGCUCCGACCGAUGGGUCUACCUGAAGAUGUCCAAGUCAUAGCUUGGGGUCUUGGGCUUGAAAGGCCAACAAUGAUAUUAUAUGGUAUCGACAACAUACGAGAUUUGUUCGGACACAAGGUGGAUCUCGGUCUCAUUAAACGGAAUCCAAUUUGCCGAAUUGGAAUCUGA